AUGUACUUAUCUUGGCACAGAGAUAUGCCAGAGCUUUCCUUCUGUUUGGAUGAAAUGGAACCAUUUUUUGAGCCACUAAAAUUAUAUUUGAAACCAGUCGUGCUACUCAAUAUUUCCGUAUCUCUUCCAAGGCUUAAACAGGCUGGACAAUCGAUUUCAAAUAGAGAUCUCAUAGAAAGGAUCAAGAAAGCCAUAAAACCCACUGAGCUAACAUCGAUUCGAAUAUGUGCGUAUACAAUCGAUGUUAUACGAUUUGAAGUAGAAUUAUCAAAUCGAAAAGCACUGACCAAAGUUAUCAAUGUCCUUGAUGGACAUUCACUGAAAGUUGUCGGUUGUAUUGAACCACUAAAAAUUCGUGCAGCUAAAGCAAAGUCGAGUUUUCCAACGAGACAUGAUUGGGACGAUUUUUUUCGAAAUACAAAUAAUAUGGAUCAAAUGAAACCAGGCGAACGACCGGACACUAUAUAUCUCAGCAAAUUGCCAAUCGACUGGUUUAAAGAUAAGAAGAAUAAUACGCUUCCAAGCGAAGAUCUAUUGCGACAGAUUUUUGAGCAAUUUGGAGCUAUAAGGUGUGUUGAUAUACCUGCUUGCGAUCAGUACAGAAAACGAAUGCCUCCAUCGAUAUCCGGUAUUCAAAAUUCUGGUUUUCCUUUCGCUGAGGAAACAAUGUUCGAUGUAUAUAUUCAAUUUGUCGAAUAUGUCUCAUUUUUGAGAGCAAUGAAUGGUUUACGAAAUAUGAAACUUGCGAAAAUGAUGGAUAACAAUGUCAUAAGUGAAACAAUGAUAAAAGUAGGCAUGGUCGAUUUUGAUAAAACGAAACAUCUGGCUGAUGAUUCUAUUCAAAAACGACAACUCUAUCGUAUGCAACUAAUACAAGAAGACCAAAAAAAGCAGCAAAUGAAGGAGAAAAAGGAAGAAGAUAAAAUGAUAAAAAAUUUAGUAGCAGAAAAAAAAGAAGAACGGAAUAAAAGACGCUUAGAAAAAAAAGAGUCAUCGCAUCUAAAAGAGAGGCAACCAGAGUGUGAAAAGAUUAAUACGAAUACAAACGUUAAUUGUAAAACAAAUUUCGAGACAGAUUUCAUGCAAUCGUUGCUGAAAGAACAUGAACAACGCCUAAGACAACGAGUUGGUUGUUUUGGUUAUUUUUUAUCGCUUAUUUUAUCGUUUUUUAAAAAUUCAUAUCUAAUAUUGCGAAAGUUUUAA